GACUAAACAGACCAGCCGUAUAGAUCUCCGAAAGGUGUGUUUAUACACUACACGCGCGCGAGAGCUGCUUGCAGAUUCGAUGACAGCUACUGCGGGCUAGCGUUACUCUUUGAGGAAGGGAAUUAUUAAGAGAAGAGUAAGUUUGUGCAAUCACAGAGAGUCAGCUCAUCUGUAAGUGCGCGCACACUAAAGACUCUUUUUAGCUUAAAUGAUGACAGCCAAAACGCUAGAGAAAACUCUCGGUAUUUUACACCCUCAUUCUGAGAGCAUCUAUUCGGUGGAUGAGAUCUCCACGACAUUGCCAUCUUCGCUCACCAUUUUCCCAAAUGCCGACUUAGGAGCGCAUUACGACCACAUUAGCGGAACUUCGGGAGAUGGCCUCAUCAAUGGGGACAUGAGCAUAGAGAAGCGGUCUCUCGACCUCUCUUACCCCAGCAGCUUCUCGCAGCCCGCCGCUCCCCGCAACCAGACCUUCACCUACAUGGGAAAGUUCUCCAUCGACUCCCAGUAUCCAGGUAACUGGAACCCCGAGGGCGUCAUCAACAUUGUGAGCGCCGGCAUCCUCGGCAUGACCCAGCCCUCUUCGGCGUCCUCCUCGCCAGCUUCUUCAGUGUCUCCAAACCACUUCUCCAGCACCGUGAGCUGCACCAUGGCGCAGAACCCCUCCGACAUGGACCCCAUCUACUCCCCUCCCCCGCCUUACUCGGGCUGCGGGGAGGUCUACCAAGACUCGUCCGCCUUCUUGUCCACGUCCACCUGUCCCAUCUCGUACCCUCCGCCAUCCUACUCAUCGCCAAAAGCUUCAACGGAGAGCGGUCUGUUCCCCAUCAUCCCCGACUACGCAGGCUUCUUCCAGUCUCCUUGCCAACGAGACAUGCCCACCAUACCCGACCGAAAGCCCUUCUCCUGCCCCCUGGAGUCCUUCAGGGUACCUCCGCCCCUGACUCCCCUCAACACUAUCAGGAACUUUACCUUAGGUGGACCAGCGUCAGAAGGACCCCGGCUGCCCACGGCGUACAGCCCCCAGAAUUUACCCCUGAGGCCCAUUCUCCGGCCGAGGAAGUACCCGAACAGGCCGAGCAAGACGCCCGUGCACGAGCGGCCGUACCCGUGCCCGGCGGAGGGCUGCGACCGGCGCUUCUCGCGCUCCGACGAGCUCACGCGCCACAUCCGCAUUCACACGGGCCACAAGCCGUUCCAGUGCCGCAUCUGCAUGCGCAACUUCAGCCGCAGCGACCACCUGACCACGCACAUCCGCACGCACACGGGCGAGAAGCCGUUCGCGUGCGACUUUUGCGGCAGAAAGUUCGCGAGGAGCGACGAGCGAAAGCGGCACACCAAAAUCCACCUGAGGCAGAAGGAGAGGAAGUCCUCGAGCACCCCUUCUUCUGCCAGCACGAACUCCGAGAGGUCCGCCGGCGGCAUAAACACGCCCAGUGGGGUGUGCUCCUCGGGCUCGGCCCAGCUAGGGCAGUGUCCGUCCAGGGGGGUGUAGGUUCGAGACGGGCGCGCGCGCGCGCGUGUGUGUGCGUUCGCGUGUGUGUGUGUCCUCUUGAGUGACGACUGCGGAGGGCCGACGCUACACGAGGACUCGAUCAGGCUCUGUCACUUAUGCCAAGUCCGCAUCACCUUGUAUCAUAGGGACCUCUGGUUGACACAUGCACGUCUUACUUCCAGAUGCCCAUGUGCCCCCCCUCCCCCCAACCUUUACCAGGUCUGUAUGGACUCAGUGGUCAUUUUAAUUUACCCAAAAGGCAUGGAUUUCACUCCAGCUCUUUGAGGAUGAAGCGAAGAUGCAGAACAUGAUGGUAUUUUAUGAUAUUUCCACACUGGUAUAUAAUAAUGUUGAAACAGUUUGCACUGUGAUGAGAAUCCGACAUCUGCACUCAUUUCAAAGGACUGUUGUUGGAAAAAGGGUAACCGCCGUAGACUUGCAAUAAUUCAUAAAGAAAAUGUUUGUCAAAGUUAUUUAAAAAGUAAAACAUGUCGGUGUUAACACGCUUGUCGAAGUCCGUCCGUCCCCGUCCCCCCCCCCGUGGCUUUUUUGGCCAGUUGUCGCCUGUUUUAUAUGUAUUUCCAAUGACGUUUGCCAGUUGCAAUGUAUAAUAAAUAAUGUUCAAUGAAUUAAUAUCGAUUUUUUUAGAAUGAUAUAUUUUUGUAAGCGUCCUUUCGUCUCCUUCCACAAAGUGUUGGCGUUUGUAGUCUAAUAAAAAUAAGAAUGUAAAUAGUUUAUUGCUCAUUUGGCACGUGAUGGUUGUCCGCAGUGAAUGUUUAAAAUACUGGAAACAAUGUAUUUAGAGAAAAAAAAAAAAAAAAAAAGAGAAAAAAACGUACUAACGGUGGACGGGCAUGGCAGCAUAACUAUAAUAUACUGUUUGUGACGCCUCAGUGUAAUAAAUGAAAUUG